AAAUUCGAUCGCCAAGGGAAGUUUUGUUGUCAAGAUGGAUAUCUGGUUGAAAGAUAAAUCCUUUCAGACAAAGGACCCAAGCAGUAAAUGUGACUUCUGCUACCAGUCUGGGGUGCCUGUUAAACCUCUGUUAUGCAACAAGCAUUUCUAUUGUAGCGUCUGUGAAAAGUUCGCUCCUAAGUUUUGCAAGAGAGCCGAUUUUACGUGCAGUCGUUGUUCCACUAAAACCAACAUCCAACAUCAAAGAAUAAAUUUAGAUUUCAGUCCUAACAAUGUAUUCUCGGAGCACACAGGGAAGAAAAAACCUGAAUUUAAAGAAGUGGCAAUUGCAAUGGAAGGUGGCACUAUACUCAGUUUUGGUGAUCCCGAUCAAGAUUCUGAUGACGAUUUGGAGGGAAACAACGUAGAGUGGGAUCAUUUGUUGCAGUCGAUGACUUCUCCACAGCCAAACCUGGAAACAGAAAGAAGGAGUAGCGAACAAAUCAAAAGAAAUCACAGACACGUUCUGUCAUGCGCGGACGGUCCUGAGAGUCAAGAAUCAGCUGUGAUUCGUGGGUUUAAGGAAUCACGUGAUGAAGUAAAUAAUCAGAACACCUCUCUGAGAUCUUCAGAACAUUAUAGACGGGGUAAUACCCAAAAGUCGGAAUCUAUGAACGAGAAAAUUACGAAAAAACAGGAAAAGGGAUCAUCGACCGUCAAAACCACGAGAGUGAAAGAGGUUAAGGAAGAAGAAGAAAGGGGCUCAUCGCCCGUCAAAGGAUUGAGGCCGAAGUUUUCCCGCUUUGAGACGCUCCCCGGAGAAUUUUCUGAGGACGAGAAUGACUUCAGUCCUAUUGGCGAUGUGGAAGGACCGGAAGUGAGUGAUGGCGAGGGUUACCAUGGUGACUCAGAAGAGGACUUUUGGGUUUUCUAGCCACUGAAAAAAUUCCUUUAUGUAAAAAAUAGAUAUUUAAGUUUUUACUAUGUAAAUAUAAAAUAGAUUAUGUUUGUUCAAAAAUCAGAAGUCAUUUACAUAUUAAUAAAGUAAAAUGUAUUUAUAUUUGAA